UCACUCACAAUGAAUGAAUAUGAGGGUUUAUAUAUGGAAUACGAGGAAAAGCCACAUGGUGUAGUCAGCUAUGAUUAUACGGAUACUCUAGAUUUACAAUACAAAGGUGUACACAUGGAGCAACAGAGGAUCCUCACUUCCUACGGCACCAUUGAUUUUUCUGGGAACAGACUCGAAGGACAGGUUCCUGAAUCCAUUGGACUCUUGAAGGCACUGAUUGCACUCAACUUAUCAAACAACGCCUUCACAGGCCAUAUUCCUAUGUCUUUGGUCAAUCUUAAGGAGCUCGAGUCACUAGACAUGUCAAGAAACAAACUCUCAGGAACUAUUCCUAGUGGACUCGGGAGCCUCUCGUUUUUAGAGUACAUAAAUGUGUCUCAUAACCAACUCAAGGGUCAAAUACCACAAGGAACACAAAUCACUGGGCAAUCUAAAUCCUCUUUUGAAGGGAAUGCAGGGCUUUGUGGCCUCCCUCUCAAGGAAACUUGUUUUGGGAGUAAUAAGCCACCAACACAGCGACGCAAAGAAGACGACGAUGAAGAGGAACAAGUGUUAAGCUGGAAAGCAGUGGCAAUAGGGUAUGGAUCUGGAAUCUUGUUCGGAUUGACAGCAGCACAAGCCAUUGCCUCAUACAAGCCGGAGUGCCUCACCAAGAUAAUUGGUCCGAAUAAACGCAGAAGAUGUUAA